AUGACACCGCAGGGCCAAGCCAAGAACACUUUGGCUCGAGACUCCACAGUUGACCAGCCGAAAUCCCGAUUGAUGAUGGACUUUUUCAGGAACACUGGACCUACCCCGCCAGGAAAUCCGGAUCAUGUAAAGGGCGUGCCAACCAAAGGAGGAGAUGCUAGCAGCAUUGAGAAAGGGCGUGUGCCCAACCGCGCCGAUUUCGCAAUCGGGAUGUGGAAGGUUUCUCCAUUUAGCUUCCGACCUAUGCAGAUUUUGGGCUCCCCCGUGUCAUCCAGACGUUAUCGGAGGAUAUUCUCAAGCGGCGUUGCAGAUUGUGACCGUGAGGCCAGCGCUUCAGAAAAUAUUUUUGAUAUUGAGCUUCGCAGGCUUAUUACACCAGCCGUUGGGUUGAAGGAUGGCAUCGCCCCUGCCGAUGAAAUACAUGCAGAAGUCCGGAGCCAGCACUCUAAUGAUACAGCUGGCAGUCCCAUCGGGAACAGGAGCAAGAGGUCAAGGCUGCAAGAGUUCCAGAACUGCUCAUCAAUAAUACCACUUCGGCAGAUCUCUCUCAUCAACCCAGAGUCCCCAUCAGUGAUGGCGGGUCGGAGGGGGUGUCGGACUCAGGUGCGAAGCGACGGCGACCGGAGUGUGGAUGGGAUCCGCACAUAUUCCACUCGUGGAACGAGUUCCAGUCGUGCUACAUCUAUAUCUCCUGUAUCUGGCCACCACGACGCGAAGGCGGGGCGAGGCAGAUGCGGCCGAGGAGAUGAGGGACUCAAGACAUCGCAGGGGCAAGACACAAACAACUUCGCCAGACCCGCCAGCACAAGAACUGCGCAUGUUCCAGGCGCGGAAUUCCCCGUCACUCAGGACCAUGAUCUGCCAGAGAAGAACGAGAAGAGCAUACAGUGUGGAGAUGGGGCCCAAGCGUGUCCGAUUCAAGUGAACUGGAGCAGCUACGCUUUGCUUGGCGAAGUGUAA